AUGAUGGAUAUGAAAAAAAGAAAUGUUGAGGAUGAUGAUUUCGAAUCAACUUUCGAAGACUUCGAAAAGUACUUCACAUCAUCAGAUCCUUCUUUCCUUUCAUUAGAAAACCUUCUUAAGGACAAGACCGAAAGUUUGCCAUUAUUUGAAUCCAAUUCUGAAAAUGGAUUAAAUCCAACUAUUCCGAUCCCUUAUUCCGGCAGAUCAAUCGUCAGUCAAAAUGUUCCGGCCAACGGGCAGAACUUUCUUCCGACUUCUGGGUUUAUAAAUAUGCCUUCCGGUGGCCAUGGUACCAUCAGCUCAAUGUCGGACUCAACUCCACCAGUUGUUAGCCAAUUUAGUCCACAACUCAUAGAGAACACUCUCCCUUAUAGGAUUAUCAAUUCAAUGCCAAACUUCGAGCCACCACAAGCUCUCAGCCUAAAUCUUUCAUCAAAUAGUGUAAACAGUCUCUUGGACAGUUUUAAGUCUUCGAAUCAGAAGGAAAGAAUCAAUAGAAUGCCUUCUUCUAUACCGAUUGAUAGGCGUGGCAAUGGCAUUGCCUUGACCACGAGGGGGUCAUCUUCUAUGGCACCCCCAACUCGGCCACCAAGGCACGUCCUUGGAAAACAACCCUUGCCACCACCACCACUACUUUCAGGUGGUGCAGGUCAAGAAGGUCGAUGGAGGAUCAGAAAGACGCCUCCGGCAAUGCAGGAGGAACCUGCAGAAACUGAUGGACAACGGUUGAAGAGAAUCUUGAUCAACCGGGAGCCGACUAUUGAGGCAAAGGAGGAGAAGAGGUUGUCUCUGUUCGAGCUUGAACAAAAACAAAAAAACUUGCAAGCAGAAUCCAUGAACUUUUCUGCACGAUUACUGCAAAUGAAGAGAGAGCCGAUCAGGCUGGAUGCUUUGAACUACAACAUGAAACAACGUUGGAUUAAUGCCGGGGAACAACUUCGGCUGCAAAACUCUUUGAAUGAAGCCAAGAGAAAUGAUGUCAAGAAUAAAGGAAUCCCUGGAUUAGGUAAUCAACAUUUGCGCCUGACCGGACUCUGUUCAUCCUCUCAAGAUAGGAGUCCUGCGAUGCAUGGUACAUCUGCCAUGGCACUGCCUUCACAAUUUCAUUUGCAAUCUCUUCAUAAGCAGCAGCAGCAGCCAAGCUUUGCUUCCUUCAAGAACAACAGCUCUGGAUUACUGGAAGACCUUGUCAUGAACCACCAGCUCACUCCGAUUCCUAAUCAGCACCAGCACCAGAACCAGAACCACCAGCAGCAGCACCACCUCUCACCCAGUCUCAACUAUCAUGAAGUGUAUAAUCCCCCAAACAUAAACCAGUCACCUGAGCUCCAAGUUAAGAUGCCACAACAGCUUCAACAUCCGAAUCUUUCGUUCCAUCCUGACCACAGUCCUCUAAUGAUGAAUGCUAUUCCUCUCACCGUGCCACAAUCUGCAAGUAAUCAAGUCAGAGUACUUCAUUUGAGCAGGAGCUACCAGAAUUAG